AUGGAUCAUAGGAAGUUUAUAAGCCCAGUGGUAAAGAAAAAGAGGGCGCUAGUGGCAGCAAAGAAAAAUAAAAAAGAGCAGUCUGGCCAGGCUGUGACUCGCCCGAACUUUCCUCCAGUCCGGAAUGCUGGAGCUGUUGGAGGUGUGUGGAUGUACACACCCACAGGACCUGAAGGAAAGGAGGGAGAAAUAGAACCGGCUACGGCCAGUAGUGGGGCGUCAAGAAGUUCAGUGGUUUUGAUGGUAGCCACUGUAGUCCCUUCCAUGGAGCAGAAAUUAAAAUACAAUAGUGAACAAGCUCAGUGGCAGGAGAUCCAUCAGCAAAAGAAUAUUGACUAUGGCCAUUGGCGAUUGGCUAUUGCGACGCUGGGGACUCUACAACCGACCGGUGUAAUGAAUAUUGGUGUAGUAGUGAAGUAG